AUGUCUAACAUUGAAACAAGCAAAUUAUACGAAAGUGUCAUUGAAGAUGUUAUAAAUGAUUCAAGGCAAGAUUUUGAGAAUAAUGGUAUUGAUGAAAGUACAUUACAAGAGUUAAGAAGAAUAUGGUGUGAGAAAUUAACACAAUCCGGGGUUGCAAAAUUUUCAUGGGAUGAGGAUGAAGAAGAAGAAGAAGAAGAAGCAGAUGUAGAUGUUGAAGUUGGACAAGCAGCACAACAACCAGAACAACAAACUGAAAGUAAUGAUGCAGGAACAAGUGACAGUGGAGCAACUGCAAGUGGUACAUCUGCAGUCAAUACUUCUGCUACAGUUGAAACUAAUGUCAAAAAAGAAACCACUAGUGGUAAUGAUUUGGAAGUACCUGAUGCUCAAUUAUCUUAUAACACAACUGACAAUUUAGGAAUAGAAAUACCAUCGAUACUGCGAGAGAAAGCUGCUGAUGGUGAUGAUCAUGGAUUAAUAGUUCCUAAAAUCGAACAAGCUGAUGGGGCAGUUUUUUUUGAAACCAAGAAAUCCAAUAAACAAUUACGUCAAGUUGAUGGUGAAUCUGAAUUUGAAGAAUUUGAAUCUGAUGGUGAUUUAUCUGAUGAUAUUAAUUCUGAACUUGAUUCUGAAUCUGAUAAAGAAGAAGAUGAGGAAGAUGAAGAAGAAACCAAUUUUGCUCUUUGUCUUUUUGAUAAAGUUCAAAGAAUUAAAAACAAAUGGAAGAGCACUUUAGUUGCUGGGAUUGCUAACAUUAAUGGUAAAGAUUAUGUUUUCCAUAAAGCCAAUGGUGAAUCAGAAUGGUGA